CGCCCAGGCAACGCUAAUGCUCCUCAGCUCUAAUCAACUCGACUGUCAAACGCCCCUUUACCGUAAACUGUGUUAAUUAUUUAAGUUAAAAUGCUUUAGCCUUUAAUAUCUGAACCUAAAGUGGAGACCAGUUUGAACCAGACUGCUGCAGACAUAAACAAGAGAUGAGUUUCGAGGCAAAGCGAUGUGGAGUUCAGUUCAGUCCCCCCUCUAUAGUUUUAAUUUACCAACACAAGGAAACUAAAAAUGUGCGAAAAAGAAUAAUACCUGUGCGGAACUUCUCAAAGUAUUCUGACUACAGCAUGGCUGCAGAGAGGCUGAAGAACCACCCCCGGCACAGGGACUACCUGGAGGGUGUGUCACAGAGCCAGCUGGAGAAGCUUCACAUCAUCCUGCGAGAUCACAUGCAAGGCUACACCUUGGAGCACAGCCUGGCCUCGCUCCGCCUGGACCCUGACGAAGACCUGAACAAACUGGACGAUGACGAGCUGGCUCGCAAGAAGGGCCAAAUGGACGAACUGUUCGAGAAGAAUCGGAGGCGCAUAGACGAUCCUGACUUUGUUUACGACGUGGAGAAGGAUUUCACCAAGACCGCCCAGGAAAAGUGCAGCUGGGAUGAGGAGUCUGAUGAUGGAUUUUGAAACUGUUCUUCAAUCCUUUGACCUUUCAGACUGCAAAUGACCUGACCUGAUGUCCUCUGAGAGAACAAGACAACCUGACACAGCUGAGGUUUACUACAAUGUUUUACACUUGGUUAACUUCUGAUGUUUGGUAGCUUUUUCCAGGAUAUAUCUUCUUGCACACAGAUAGUUAAUUAGGUACACAUAUUUAAAAACAGUCUAAUGCACCAACUGUGAUAAACUAUCUUCACAGAAGUUAUACUGCCCAGUUUUAGAGUGUCACAUGACUUUAAGGGGUGGAAGAAAACUUUUUAAAAACUCUACAGUAGGCCUUUAUCUCAGCAUUUAAUUUUCUGUGAAGGCAGAAAACUAAAUGAAAUACUUUAAGUUUGGAGAAUGGUGACGACCUGAAUACAAGCUACUUUUACAGAGCCUUCACUCUCUGCUUAACAGCAUCAGCCUGCAUUAGAAAAGUAAGCAGUUAAAACUAAAGCGCUAACAGGACAAUGGCCAUAUACACACUAGGAGAGAAUCAUAAAAACUUGCUAAAAAUAUUAGUAAAACUAAUCCCUGAUGCAAUAUUCACAUGAAAUAAUCUGCUCAAGAAUUCAUCCGUAUCACUCCUUUUACAGACUUUGUGUUAUUGUGGUCAUCAUUUGGAUAAUUGUUAAGUUUGUCAGUUGCUUGUGUUGUCACAGACAUGCAUUAAAUAUAAUAUGAAAUAGCCUUGAAAUGUCAGUAAGUCAGGGAUUGUCACUUUAUAUAAUGAUAGAAAAGGAGUCCACAGGAAACCACUGUUCUAGUUUGUUCUACCUAAUAAACGUAUCAUAAAGUUAUAGGAGUUUUAUGCUGAAUCCAAAUGUCCACCCUCUGGGCUUGCAGACUGAGCCCUCGUCAUGUAAAGUCUGCGAGGGCAGAGACAGCAAGCAGCUGAUAGACAGCACUCAAGACUGGUUUACUCAAUGCCACGGAAACGUUUGAGUGACGAUUACAAUAAUUGUUACUGCAGUCACAUUCUGUCUUCUCAUCUGUCUGCAGAGAGGAUAAAAAUCUCAUGUAUGGGGUCAUUUUGUGAGUGAAUAAAUUAAAUUUCUGUAUAACGUAUAGACUGCAGACAUUCAAAUAGACAUGUUUGUAAAUAAGGACCAAGCUACGACUGAAUAAAUCUGGUAGGUUUUUUUCCGGCCACUUUUCUAGCCUAUAUAUUUAGCAUCACACUGCCCAACCUCUAGGGUAGGCUGCAAUAACACAGUGCAUUUUGAUGUCUGUAUUGCAAUGAAUUGUGUGCAGUUAAAUAAGUGGUCUGCAGAAAGUCCGCUUUAGGUCCCUUGUGACUGGAGGAAUAGUGAGUUUGGACAGGCCAAAGCACUGCCAGACUUACCGGGAACACGCCCGUAAAGUCCGUGAGUCUGCAAGUGCGAGCAUUUGGAUUCAGCCUCAGAUACAAUACAAUUAGGAGUGGAUAGUUGAGAACAACGCCCACAGCUACAGCAGCUGAUCAAAACAUUCCCAAACAAUGACGGCAAUAAAGACAAUAGGUACCCCCACGUCUUAUUUACCACUCAGGAUAAACCGUCACUUUAAACACAGAUCACAUUUCAUUUCAAACCGCAAUGAAUGAAAUAAUGCAUGAAUUAUAGUGAAUAUUUAUUUGUUAUAAAAUACUGAAUUUUACAAAAUACAAAGAC